AAUAGCUCCACUUGGGCCGGCCCGGGGACGAGGCGGCUCACUCGGGAGGGACAGCAGGAACCAGCAUGUCGGACCAGUCGGGGUUCGACACGGACGUGUGGACCCUGACCCGCUUCAUCAUCGAGACGGGCCGGCAGGCCAAGGGGGCGACCGGCGAGCUGACCCAGCUCAUCAACGCCAUCCUGACCGCCGUCAAGGCCGUCUCCUGCGCCGUGCGCAAGGCGGGCCUGGUCCACCUGCAGGGCCUGGCGGGCUCCGUGAACGUGACGGGGGACGACGUGAAGAAGCUGGACGUCCUGUCCAACCAGCUGUUCAUCAACAUGCUGCAGGCGUCCUACAGCACGUGCUGCAUGGUGUCCGAGGAGAACCAGGAGCUCGUGGUCACGCCCAGAGACAAGCGGGGGAAGUACGUGGUGUGUUUCGACCCUCUGGACGGGUCCAGUAACAUCGACUGCUUGGCUUCUAUCGGCACCAUAUUCGCCAUCUACAAACGGGUCUCGGAGGGGGAGCCCACUGAGAAGGACGCCCUGCAGCCGGGGCGCAGCAUCGUGUGUGCGGGCUACACGCUGUACGGCAGCGCCACGCUGGUGGCCCUCAGCACCGGGGCCGGCCUCCACUUCUUCAUGCUGGACCCCGCCAUCGGCGAGUUCAUCCUGACCGAGAAGAACGUGAAGAUCAAGCCGAAGGGGAAGAUCUACAGCAUCAACGAGGGCUACGCCAAGUACUUCCACCCCUCCAUCAACGAGUACCUGAAGCACAAGAAGUACCCGCAGGACGGCAGCGCUCCCUACGGAGCUCGCUACGUGGGCUCCAUGGUCUCAGAUGUCCACCGCACCAUCGCCUACGGAGGCAUCUUCAUGUACCCCGCCAACGAGAAGAGCCCCAAGGGAAAGCUGCGGUUGCUGUACGAGUGCAACCCCAUCGCCUUCCUGGUGGAGCAGGCGGGCGGCGUCGCCACCACCGGCGCCCAGAGGGUGCUGGACGUUGAGCCCGAGGCCCUCCACCAGCGGGUGCCCUUCGUGGUCGGCUCGCCCGACGACGUCAACGAGUACCUGACCUUUGUGAGGAAGCACCAGUGAGCUUCUACCCGACGACAGAGUUUUGUUUUAAUGCGAUCUUUGAAAAGGUGCGUCAAAUUUGUUGUAAGACAAUAGAACAAUUAGAAUGUUUUUUUUAUUUGUGAUCGUUUAGCUUUUCACACAUUUCAGCUUGUCCUUGCAUCUCAUAAAUCACUCACUUUAAAAACACAUUUUGUUCAGCAAAAUCUUUUCAAAGUGGAUUCAAAAUUGGUUUGUUUGUGCGACAUUCUGAUAAAGUUCGCUUUUUUUAUCUGCAUUUUGUCUCACGCAUCAGCUGCUUUAACGCUUCAAAAUAUCAGGUGUGAUAUUAAUAAGCAUAACGUUUAAGUCUGAAAUGACGUACUAGCAAAAUCAAAUGUAAUGUCUGUAAAGGUAAAUCCAGUUUAACUACUGGAAUUAGACUAAAAUAAACAUUCUAAAAACAUC